UGUUAGGGUGAAGGAGACAGGUGGCAAGAGUAAGGGCUUUCCAGCGUGUCUCCUAUCUGGAGGCGGUGAGAAGAUUUGAAGGAGCGUGAGAAGACAGUGAUAACUGAGCCUACACAAGUGAACGUUUCUCGGAUACCAAGGAAUCCUGAUAUAUUACAUGUGAAAUAUAUUGCAUGUUGAUUUUGUAGUAUAUUUUUGCUGAUAAACUACACAGCACACACGAAGAUGAAAUCUGAGAAAUUGAAGUCAUUUGUACCACCCCUACAGUAGGUGGCGGCAUGCACCUCUAGGAUUGUUUGCGGACCGCCAUAAUACUGCGGGAAGAAGACAUCCUGUUGCAGCUGAGCCCAGACAGCCAUGACUAGCAGUGCUUUUGCUUUGAUCUGUAUACUGUGCAGUCUUUUUCUCCGCAUCCUCAGUCCUGUUGAAGUUUGUGAGCACAGCCCUGCAACUAAUUAUUCAUCAGCGCAGCUAAGAGAAAAGACAGCAAUGGAAGGGUGGAAGAGUCACGUGCGCGCUAGACUGUUCCAGAGAGAUUGUACACAAAAGGACCCCUUCAGUGGUAUCUUUAACACCUUGUCCGAGCUAGCGGAACAGCUUGAUUUACGGGAUACACUUUGGGAUGAGGUACAGAGACCCAGUUCUGAAGGAGAUGUUGGGCUGACGGUUGACCACAGAGAACUAUACCUCCAGCUCAGAGAGAGUGAACAUAUAACAGAAAAGCUCUCUCAGACAGUCUCUGACCUGACCACUGUCAUGUACCUGAAAGAUGCUGAGCUCCAAUACUGCCACUCACAAGUCUCCCGCUAUCGGAAGGAAGCUGUCACUCAAGCCAGGGAGGCCAACCUUCUGCAGGCCAGCCUAUCAGAGUUUGAGUUUGCAUUGGCGAGCCAAUCAAAGGAGUUGGCAGCCCUGCGGUUGGAGCAGCGGGAGCUGAAGGAGGGGCUUGCAGCGGCCUGGAGAGAGAAAGAAGAGCUUCUGGAGCGAUGGAUGGAUGAGAAGAAGGAGGAGGCGGAGAGGGUGAACAGGCACAAUGACACACAGGAAAGGUGGCAUCGUUUCACCCGGCGACUCAACAAGCAUCACCGUAGAGAGAUGCUGCGACCAGGUGAGCAGACCAACUCCUGGACGACUGGUAGGCCUACAACUGAACCAGCAACCACCAUACAGACAGUGGCAGGCACACUCUUGUGUCCCAACUAAUGUCAAUGUCUGCUUUGAUCAGAGGAGGGUGGUGCACACUGCCCAGGAUGGACCUUGACCUUUAAUCCCAAAAGCCUCCUGUACUGAAACACUCCUUCCUGUAAGACACACUGAAAAAACUAGACCUUGAAUGUGACUUUUUUGUGUGUAUACAUUGAAGGAUAUUUGAAUGUGGGCUUUUAAUCAAUACUGUUGUGAAUUUCAGAUACGGUAUGUAUAGGCUUGUAAAUUAGUACCCAAGACCUAACUCAAUGUUUUCAAAUACCAUGAGAAUAAAGUAACUGUUCAGUCAUUUUUCACUAAAA